UGGCUCCACACGGCGUGCAUGAGGCUAGAGGAAGAGAGUUGGUGUUUCGUAGCACUGUGGGCGGUCGGGGCCCCCUGAUGCGAUGACUCGGAGCAGGUUUUGCCAAGUGUUUCUUGUACGUCCAAGCCGGAAGGACCUCAGGAGUUAAAGGGUUCGAUGCGCGGACACACCAAACGACAACAUGAUAACGAGAUAUCUGAGAUAACAUUCUGUUUACGUAUGGAUGACAAGUCGCCUUAACUGUUGGAAUGGCAGUCCAAUUACUCUACUGGGUUCUGUUCUGGGAUCUGUUGUGUUUCUGCAUCAGAGACGUCACGUGUCUCUGUAACAUCACCUGCACCACCGACUAUGAGCGAUACCUGGAGUGCCAAUGCGCCAACGUACCUCCGAGUUCUAUUGGGCUGGAAGCAAAUUGCAGUGGCGAGUAUGACGGCAAAGUAAUAGCGGCCCUCAGCAGCUGCGAGCUCCGGCCUCCUCAGUCCAGCUGCAAGAUGCACCCUGAGGACUUCAUCAAAAUCGUCUCCGCGGAUACAAAUUGCACUGUGAGAGUCAUUUACCCGCUGGGGCCCUCCACCGACCCACUGGGGCCCACAAAGGACCCUCUGGGGCCCUCCACCGACCUACUGGGGCCCCCCACGGCUGGAGUGGUGGAAUCGAACUCCUGGGUUCUGGGCGACAUAGUGAAGUCGCUGCCGCCGUCGAACCUGCGUGUGACGCACCACGGGGGGAGAGUGAACCUCACCUGGGAGGUGGACAGCUACAAGCACUGUCUGAGUUACAGGGUUCGGAUCAGAGACCCCACCCAGGUCCGCAGCUUCGAGUUGCCCCAGCAGUACCUGGCGAUGGACGCCUCCAGCCUGCUCCCCUCCGUCCGCUCCCAGGCCGACGUCCAGGCCUGCCUCUGCCCGGAGUACUUCCUGAACGGGCCCUGGAGUGCCUGGAGCCCUGCAGUGGACCUCACGGAAGUCCUUGUGCCGGUAGGAGGAGAGAUCCGGUUGGUCCUCUGUGUCGCCGUGCCCGCCCUCCUCUGUGUCAUUGCCCUCUGUUACGUCUCAAAGCCAUUUUUUACGAAGAAAGUCCAGUUCCUAAUGUUCGUCCCUGACCCAGGCCCGUUUUUCAAGCCCCUCCGCGACAAAUAUGACGGGAACUUCAAGGAAUGGGUUCAUCCGGCGUUCAGCGAGGAGGAGGUCCUGAGGGUAGCGGCCGUCCCAGCCAGCGACCAGAAGCUGCUCCCGCUUAGUCACCACGGCAACCACAUUAGGAGAGACGGGGAGGAGGAGGAGGAGGAGGAGGAGGAGGAGGAGGAGGAGGAAGGCGGCGGCGGCGAGUUCGACGCCCAGGCGCGCCAGCCGGGGGAACGGGCCGGCGCCGUCCCCCGUCUCCUCUCCCUCCGCACGGUGGUCCUGUCGGGGUUCGGGGGCGACGGGGGGCCCCCCGAGAUCCGCGGGCGCGGCGGCGCCGGAGGGGCGGGGCCUCCGCCGGCGCCGAGCGCGGCGGAGGAGGAGGAGGGAGGCGACGGUCCCGCCGAGGCGUCGAGCCCGGCCCCGCGGCCGUCCCCGCUGGGGGGGCCGCUGGACCCCUGGGAUGACGACUACCCCCGCGUGGACCUGGACACGGUGGACAGCGGCUUUGGCGAGUCGGCCUGCAGCAGCCCCGUCUCCUCGGAGCAGGCCGCCGCCGCGGCCGAGGCCGAGGCGGGCUUCUUCCCCCCCGACGAACGCGGCAAGUCCAACUACAUCCGGCAGUGGAUGGACCGGCAGCAGCCGCCUCCGCCCGCAGAGCAGCACCAUCGCGCACCGCCUCCUGCUAACCAGAACCAGAACUACGAGGCCUAGUUGGGCGCCCCCCGGACCUCCACACGCAUGCAGUGUGGGAGGGAGGGGUUGAAUGUGGGGGUGGGGGGGGUGUGGAUUAGUGUGGGU